AUGACAACAUUAUUUGCAGCAACAGUAAAUUCAGCAGCCAAUAUUGUAGGUACAAAGAUGUCAUCCAAGAUCAAAAGAAACAAAAUGAAGUACAACAUUAGUGGAUUCAACUCAUUUAGAGAUCAAAAGGCAACUAACCAUGUUGCCUCAUUAAGCCUCCCUUUCUCCACUGCAAACAUUGUUAGCUCAUCACAACCCAAAGGUGGAGCUUUGUCCUCUACGUACAAUGCGCUUCUAAUACUUAUGUUUGCAUAUGCAGAUGCUAUCUUGUCAGGGCCUAAUAACUUUGUGCUAGUUCAUACGGGAUGUCAUGGAGCCUGGUCUUGGUACAAGAUUGUAGAAUUGAUGACAUCUUCAGGGCAUAAUGUUACAGCUAUUGACUUGGGUGCUUCAGGAAACAACCCAAAACAGGCACUGGAAAUUCCAAGUUUUUUCGAUUACUUGAGUCCACUAAUGGAGUUCAUGGCUUCACUUCCUGCUCAUAAAAAAGUAGUUCUUGUAGGCCAUAGCCUUGGUGGACUCGCCAUCUCUAAAGCCAUGGAAACAUUCCCCGAAAAGAUUUCAUCUGUUGUAUUUGUCACUGCUCUAAUGCCUGGUCCAACUCUCAAUGCAAGCAUCGUCUACACUCAGUCAUCUAGUGCAGUACUACCUGAACUUGAUAAUCGCGUUACAUACGACAAUGGACCUACGAGUCCUCCAACCACCCUCAUCCUAGGUUCGAAGUUCUUGGCAAGUAAUCUUUACCAGUUGAGUCCAAUUAAGGAUUGGACGAUGGCGACUAAACUAGUCAGGCCACUAUAUUUAUAUCAUGCUGAAGAUGUUUCUAAGGAGAUAGUUCUUUCAAGGAAAAGGUAUGGAUCAGUUAGGCGAGUGUUCAUUGUUGCUACUGAAAGUAAAGCUUUUAACAAAGAAUUUCAACGAUGGAUGAUUGAAAAUAAUCCUCCUAAUGAAGUGGAAGAGAUCUCAGACUCUGAUCACAUGAUCAUGAUGUCUAAGCCUCAACAACUUUUUACUACCCUUCUGCGCAUAGCCAACAAGUAG